UUACUUUUCUAAAAUGCAAAAAUCUCCCCUUCAUAAAACGAGUAUCUGUGGGACGACAUUCUCUAUACCACAGGAAUUCAGUCAUGGCGGUUGGAAAGGAAGGGGUGGAGAUAGUGAAGGCGCGCACGGACAAUAGGGAGUACAGGAGGAUCGUCCUCAAGAACUCCCUCGAGGUCCUCCUCAUCAGCGAUCCCGACACCGACAAGUGUGCUGCUUCCAUGGAUGUGGGCGUGGGCUCUUUUAGCGACCCCAAAGGCCUCGAGGGACUCGCCCAUUUUCUCGGUGAAUUUUGUGUUUUGACUCUUUUGAGAUAUUAUUUUACAGUAGUAGUAUAGUCUAGCGAACAAUUGCAUGCACAUAUCUGGUGGUGCUCUUUUGUUUCAAUUUCAAACUCAAGUUUUAGAGCAAUGCCGCUCUGUCGGUUCGUGCGUUU